UAUUGCAUUGCAUAAAAAGAAAACAAACCAAAUUACUCAAUUCCCACUACCCAAAACCCUGCCACACCACCACUAACUCACUGCCAACACAACUAUAUCCACCAUUUUCUCUCCUCUUUUCAGAUCUAACAACAAAAUGCAAACCCCUCUCACACUCACUACUCUCUUACUCUACUUCUUCAUCUUCUUCACUUUUUCAGCCUCCAUCUCAGCCCAUGAUGAAGCCCAAGCCCAAGAUCUAGUCCGUUCCUCCUGCAUUCACUCCAGAUACCCAAAGUUAUGUCUCCGAACACUCUCAAACUACACCGGGCCAGCUAAAAGCCCAUUAGACAUAGCUCAGGCAGCACUCCGGGUAAGCUUAGCCCACGCCAAGAGAGCCUCCAAAUAUCUAGUAUCUUCCAAAAGUGGGUCCCACAGCAGCAGCUUAAGCAGACGUCAGCAGGCUGAUCUAAGUGACUGCAAAGAGCAGAUUGCUGAUUCAAUUGAUGAACUUCAUAAGAGUUUAGAGGAGUUGCAACAUCUGCGACCGGAAACAUUCCGGUGGCAGAUGAGCAACGCCUUGACAUGGGUAAGUGCCGCGCUUACUGAUGGCGACACUUGCCUUGAUGGGAAUGUGAGGCCUGAUGUUAAAAAGAGAGUUACUGAUCUUGCUAGGGUAACGAGUAAUGCUCUUUACAUGAUCAAUCGUGUUGGAAAUGGGAAGUUCUAAGGUUGUUCAAGAUCUAAAAACUGAUGUUGUUUUAGCUUGUUUUUGUGUGUACGGAAAAGAGAAAAGAACGUUAAGUGUGGUAUUGUAGUAGGUUGUUUUAUUUAUAAGUUGUAGUACGUGAAAGUGUGAACGGUUGUUGUAAUUGAUAAAUCUUGUUUGUUUGUUGUUGUUAUGCUGUUGCCUCUUGUAAUGUUUAUGGGGCUGAAAUGUAUUAUCAUAUCAAUAUCAAUAUCAAUGAUGAUGUAAAUCAAAUGUUGGAGAAUUAGAACAAAUAUGUUAAAUUAAA